UCCUCUCCUCAUUGGCACACAGCUAUUCCUGACUCGUGCCUUCUAGUCGACCUUCUUACUUCUUCUGGAUGACUUUUUAAAAACCACUUUGUUAGUUCUUGUGUGGUAUCAUUAGGAUAAUUGUUCUGUUCUUUCUGCUUAAAUAUUAAUGGUACUGAGGAAGUCAAAAGAUAGCUUCAGUAAUGGUUGUCACGGAGUAAAAUGGAUGGUAGCUUUGAUUGUGAUUGUGGUGAGCUGGAGCCACCUGAUCAUUAGCAGAAGGCAUCUUUUGUAAAUCAAGAGCUGCCAGUUUCCUGUUUAACUAGACUGUAAACAAAGGAGAGAAAGAGGAGGAAGACAGAAGAAAAAGAAGUAGUGCUUACCAGCACCAUAGAAUGACGCUGCUCAGGACCAGUCCAACACUGAAUGUAUCUGCACUGUGAGGAGGAGGAUGUUAAUAGAAGCCUAUUAUGUGCAUAUUUAUUCACACUUUUGUUAAAUGUUAACCAGUUUAGCACAAUAGAGCUGAGUGCAUAGUAUGUCAUUUCAUUCCGUUUGAGUUUCUUGUGAGUAUUUUCUUUAAUGUCUGCAGAAAUGCUGCACCUUUCUUGAACUAUGAAUGCUGCAAUCUUUCUAUCUUAUGCUCAGUUUGAGUUCUAGAGCUUACAGGCUCUAAAUUCAAGGGGACACAACAGGCCUGGCUGGCUUAUAAUGAAAUGAGAGUGUCAAGAAACCAUCUUGCAGUCAAAGCCAAGUGUUUCUUCUCCCUUUCUGUAAGACCUUUCCUUCAGAUACCAGUGGAAGUGUCUCUGCGUGUUUACAGAAGCUUAGUAGUUUGAGGAAAAAGAAACGUAAAGAGUUUGAAAAUGGCAGAAAAAUUUGAAAGUCUCAUGAACAUUCAUGGUUUUGAUCUGGGCUCUCGAUACAUGGACUUAAAACCACUGGGCUGUGGUGGAAAUGGCUUAGUUUUUUCUGCUGUCGAUAAUGACUGUGACAAAAGAGUGGCUGUCAAGAAAAUUGUCCUUACAGAUCCUCAGAGUGUUAAACAUGCUCUACGUGAGAUCAAAAUUAUUAGAAGGCUUGACCACGAUAACAUUGUCAAAGUAUUUGAAAUUCUUGGUCCUAGUGGAAGCCACUUAACAGAUGACGUGGGCUCCCUUACAGAAUUGAACUGUGUUUACAUUGUCCAGGAAUACAUGGAGACAGAUCUGGCUAAUCUGCUAGAGCAAGGCCCUUUACUGGAAGAUCAUGCCAGACUCUUCAUGUACCAGCUGCUACGUGGGCUCAAGUACAUUCACUCUGCAAAUGUUCUGCAUAGAGAUCUCAAACCAGCUAAUCUUUUCAUUAAUACUGAAGACUUGGUGCUGAAGAUUGGUGACUUUGGUCUUGCACGAAUCAUGGAUCCUCAUUAUUCCCACAAGGGCCAUCUUUCUGAAGGAUUGGUUACUAAAUGGUACAGAUCGCCCCGGCUUUUGCUUUCUCCUAACAACUACACUAAAGCCAUCGACAUGUGGGCUGCAGGUUGCAUCUUUGCUGAAAUGCUGACUGGGAAAACCCUCUUUGCAGGCGCGCAUGAACUUGAACAGAUGCAGUUGAUUCUAGAAUCAAUUCCUGUUGUACAUGAGGAGGACCGUCAGGAGCUUCUCAACGUAAUUCCAGUUUACAUUAGAAAUGAUAUGACUGAGCCACACAAACCUUUAACUCAGUUGCUUCCAGGCAUCAGUCCUGAAGCACUGGACUUCCUGGAGCAAAUUUUGACAUUUAGUCCUAUGGAUCGAUUGACAGCAGAAGAAGCUUUGUCCCAUCCUUACAUGAGCAUUUAUUCCUUUCCAACGGAUGAGCCUAUUUCAAGUCAUCCUUUUCACAUUGAAGAUGAGGUUGAUGAUAUUCUGCUGAUGGAUGAAAGUCACAGCCAUAUUUAUAAUUGGGAAAGAUACCAUGAAAGUCAAUUUUCAGACCACGACUGGCCUAUUCAUAAUAACUAUGAAGCUGAUGAAGUUCAGCGUGAUCCAAGGGCUCUUUCUGAUGUUACCGAUGAGGAAGAAGUGCAAGUAGAUCCUCGCAAAUAUUUGGAUGGAGAUCGUGAAAAGUAUCUUGAGGAUCCUGCCUUUGACACCCACUUCUCUACAGAGCCUUGCUGGCAGUAUUCAGAUCACCAUGAAAACAAAUAUUGUGAUCUGGAAUGUAGUCACACUUGUAAUUACAAAAUGAGGUCAUCUUCAUACCUAGAUAAUUUAGUUUGGCGAGACAGUGAAGUUAACCAUUACUAUGAGCCCAAGCUUAUUAUAGAUCUUUCAAACUGGAAGGAACAGAGCAAAGAAAAGUCUGAUAAGAAAGGAAAGUCUAAAUGUGAAAAGAAUGGGUUGGUGAAAGCUCAGAUAGCGCUUGAGGAAGCAUCACAGCAACUUGUUGAAAAAGAAAGGGAGAAGAAUCAAGGAUUUGACUUUGAUUCGUUUAUAGCGGAAACCAUUCAGCUUAGUUUACAACACGAGUCUACUGAUGUUGAUAAAUUAAAUGACUUGAAUAGCUCGGUGUCUCAAAUAGAGUUGAAAGGAUUAAUAUCAAAGUCAGUAAGCAGAGAGAAGCAGGAGAAGGGAAUGGCUAAUUUGGCACAGUUAGAAGCUCUGUACCAAACGUCUUGGGACAGCCAGUUUGUAAGUAGCGGGGAGGAGUGCUUCCUCAUAGACCAGUUUUGUUGUGAGGUAAGGAAAGAUGAGCAAGCGGAAAAAGAAAAUACUUACACCAGUUAUUUGGACAAAUUCUUUAGCAAGAAGGAAGAUGCUGAAAUGCUAGAACCUGAGCCAGUAGAAGAGGGGAAGCUUGGGGAGAAGGAAAGAGAAGAGAGCUUUCUCAGUAACAGUGGAGAACUCCUCUUCAACAAGCAGCUUGAGGCUAUAGGUAUUCCUCAGUUUCACAGCCCGGUCGGUUCGCCACUGAAAUCUAUACAGGCCACGUUAACGCCUUCUGCUAUGAAAUCAUCUCCCCAGAUUCCCCACAAAACAUACAGCAGCAUUCUGAAACAUCUAAACUAAAAAAAAAAAAAACAAACCAACAACACUCAGCAGACAUUUCUUUUAUAUUCAUGAGAUGUGUUUGUCUUUUUUUAUUACUAGUGUAAGUAAUUAUCUUUUUUUUUUUUUACUUGAAUCAGACGGCGUAAUUUUUGCUAUGGAUUUCGUUAGUUCUUCUGUUUACCAUCGUUUUUACAAUCCAGAAUUCCUUUCUAUUACAUGAGUUAGUUUGGGUUGUUU